UCUCCGUCUCCUGGGCUCUUGAGGGCAUUCCUGGCGUCUCUGGCUUCUUAGGGGGACGCGACGUGAGAGCCCGACUCCUGCUCAGGCGGCAUGGCGGAGAAGCGGCACGGCACGGACAACCAAGCGCACCGGCUCCCCGACUCCUUUAAGGCAGAUAGCCCCAGUAAGGGCCUUGGACCCUGCGGAUGGAUUUUGGUGGCUGCCUCAUUCUUAUUCACACUUAUAACUUUCCCAAUAUCAAUAUGGAUGUGUAUAAAGAUUAUAAAUGAGUAUGAACGAGCCAUCAUCUUUAGAUUGGGUCGCAUUCUACAAGGAGGAGCCAAAGGACCUGGUUUGUUUUUCAUUCUGCCAUGCACCGACAGCUUCAUCAAAGUGGACAUGAGAACUGUCUCAUUCGACAUUCCGCCCCAGGAGAUCCUCACUAAGGAUUCGGUGACUGUGAGCGUGGAUGGCGUGGUCUACUACCGUGUUCAGAAUGCAACCCUGGCCGUGGCAAACAUCACCAAUGCCGACUCUGCCACCCGACUUUUGGCACAAACUACUCUGAGGAAUGUGCUGGGCACCAAGAACCUUUCCCAGAUCCUCUCGGACAGAGAAGAGAUUGCACACAACAUGCAGUGCACUCUGGAUGAUGCCACUGACGACUGGGGAAUAAAGGUGGAACGCGUGGAAAUCAAGGACGUGAAGCUACCCGUGCAGCUCCAGAGAGCGAUGGCUGCAGAAGCAGAAGCCUCCCGGGAGGCCCGAGCCAAAGUCAUUGCAGCUGAGGGAGAAAUGAACGCGUCCAGGGCCCUGAAAGAGGCCUCCAUGGUCAUCACCGAGUCCCCCGCAGCCCUGCAGCUCCGCUACCUUCAGACGCUCACCACCAUCGCUGCUGAGAAAAACUCCACGAUUGUCUUCCCACUGCCCAUAGACAUGCUGCAAGGCAUGAUGGGAGUGAAACACUGAGCCCUGCAGGCUGCCGCCCUCGAGCCUGAGUCAGCCUCUCACUCCUAGGGGGAGGGGAGGGGGGGGACCUCGAAUCUUCUCCCUGCCUUUCCUUUUCCAGAUGUUGAAUGCAGCGUUUGUAGAAUGCGUAGAUGCAAGAAUUGGUAGCUUGUAAAUAUUGAGAGAGAGAGAGAGAGAUUUUGGUAAAUUACAUAAGAUAAUCUCCUUUUUGAACUGCUGAAGUCUGUAGUUUAAGUAGGUGAAAUUGCUCUUUUUCUGACUUCUGCCGAGUCAUUCCGCAGCCUCUCUGGCAGCAGCCAGCCCAGAAGGGGGAAGUAGGUGGGAACGGGAACGGGCGGCCGGCAGGCUGGCUGGCUGGCUGGGCUACAGCCGUCUUCUCUGGGCCAUGUGUGCCUUAGCUCCCGGGACCCUCAACACAGACAUUUCCCUAAUGUCCAUGUACUGUCUCAACCCAAACCGUGUUUCGGGGUAAGUCUCACUUGAGGUACGGGCGUUUCUUCCCUGUUCCUGUCAGCACGAGGGGAAACAGUGAAGCUCAAUGAGGAAGACCCUAACCCUUCCAGGACUUCUAAAUUCGCUACGAUACUGAUCCUUUUUGUAGACGAUAUGUGGCCUUUAUAAAGUGCUCUGAGCAUUCUUUAUGAGUAAACAAUUCCUCUGUGGCCUUUCAAACCAGCUAGGUACUUGUUACCACCGGGCUUGUGUUCUCACUUGUGCCUACUUUCAUAUAUCAGGUUUUAAAUAGUCUUAUUUUUAAUAUAACUUUCUCUAAAUUCUAUAAACAAUUAUUACUAUAUGCUCAUUUGAAUAGUUUAAAGACUAAAACAGUUUAUAAAAAAUAAUCUUCAGAAAACCGUUGUGUUUUAGCGUCUUCAUGCCAUUAGCCAUUUGUGCACGGCAAAGUGUCUUGGUUUCCGGCCCAUUCACUAAGCUGUAUAAGGAAUUCCGAAUAUAUUGGAUAUAUUGUAAUGUUCAAUGAGCUUGGGCAGACACGCUCACACUUGGGAUUUCCACGUAGAUGUAGAACUUUUCAGUUUGCCUGGUCAUUCCUCUUCCUGAGAGAGGAAGUACUCUGCCCUUGUGUUCUGUGGUUCCUUAGGCUGUCAUGCGAGGAAGCCCCUUCCAUUCUACAAAUGCCGUCUGAGAAUUUGGCAUUCUUCGUCCUGUCCGGAUAUCUGGCCGGUGACAUUUCUAACACUUCUUCUUUGAGGCUCUGAGUUCACCUAGAGAAGUCUAAGAAUAACAGCUUCCUGUCCCUGUGCUGCCUUCCUAUCUCUUCUUGGCUGAAUCCUCUGUCAAUCCCAGCUUGAGGGCCCUCCCCCCGCCGCCUUCCCUGUAUCUCGCGUCCAAGCUUAUUUGAGAAAGCCAGGUUCCUAGAUGAGCUUUCUAGACAUUAUGGAGCAUUCCGCUUCGGAACUCCAGUGGCAUUUGUCUGUUUCUCAGCGUGGCUCAGCUUUGACCCCUGCGAACCAGGAACCCCCGUCUCCUGGCUACAAGUCUCUUUUCAGACUUUCAGUAACAAAGCUCUUGUUUCCUUGGGGUUCUGUAUCUGCAGACACCCAGCGAUCUGAGCUUUUCUGCCUUGUGAACUCUGAGGUUGGAAUUAACUCACUGGGGAGGGAGGAAGCGUGAGAGUAGCUGUAGGAUGAUAGUGGCAGUGUAGGAGUUUUCUUCCAGUGGCCUCCCUUUCUGACAAGGUACAUAAUAAACUGUGCGCAUGCUCACA